AGUCAGCCCUGCAUGCAACCAAGACAAAGGACAUCCUCCUUGGAUGUCUUGUGGGACACGGUGGCUAUGAGUGAGGCUGGGGCACACACAAGUAUAAGUCAUCAGCACCUCUGGCUGGAGAUGUUGAUCAUUCUUUCAACAUGGCCCUUGAAUGGGCAUGCUCAACACACCAGCCUCCCAGAAGUAGUGAUACCCUUACGGGUCACAGGCAACAGAACAAUGUGGGCUAUGGGAUGGCUGACCUAUAGCCUGCACUUUGGGGGCCAGAGGCAUGUUAUCUACAUGAAAGCCAACAAGUUUUUCAUGUCUAGACACCUCUCUGUGUUCACCUACACUGAGCAAGGUGCUCUACACAAAGAGCAGCCUUUUGUCCAGAAAGAUUGCUACUACAAUGGCUAUAUGGAUGGAGACCCAGAAUCCAUGGUUGCUCUUACCACCUGUUUGGGGGGCUUUCAUGGAAUGUUACAGAUAAAUGAGACAGUAUAUGAAAUUAAGCCCAAGAAUCUUUCUUCCAUAUUUGAACAUUUGGUUUACAAGAUAGACAAUGAGGAGACACAAUUACUCCCCAUGAGAUGCGCAUUAACAGAAGAGAAGAUAGCCCUGCAAAUGAAGCUUCAAGAGACUGAUAACCACACACUGAUGCAAAGCAGCUAUGAGGGCUGGUGGACCCACAAGCGUUUUCUUGACCUGGUAUUGGUCGUAGACCAUGAGCGAAUUCGUUAUCUGAAUGGCAAUCUGUCACAUGUGUUACGGGAAAUAUUGAUCAUUGUGCAUGUAAUAAAUGAGGUUUAUCGUCCACUGGAUGUUGAGGUAGUUUUACUCGGAGUUGAGAUGUGGAAUAAAAAAAACCAAGUGGCAGUGACUACCAUAGAAGACCUCCUGGAUGGUUUUUGUUAUUGGAAAACUCUUAGCCUUAAUAAUCGUAUUCAAAAUGACAUUGCACAUCUUUUUGUGAAACAUGAUUUUGGUAUGUAUCUUGGCUUAGCCUAUGUUGGAUCUGUUUGUGUGCCAUUUGUUAAUUGUGGAGUUGAUCGUCUGAUAGGACGAAAUCUUGUUCAUUUUGGACAUAUUACAGCACAUGAAAUGGGUCAUAAUUUGGGUAUGAUGCAUGAUGAGGAAACAUGUACAUGUGGAAAGCAAGCAUGCUUAAUGGCUCCAACAGACAAUGCUUCCCGGAAAUUCAGUAACUGCAGUUAUGCUUCAUUUUUGAGAACUUAUGCUAUUGCCAAGUGUCUGCACAAGGAAAAGAAACCAGUUAGCAACUACAAAUUAAAGUACUGUGGGAAUGGUGUGGUUGACGAUGGAGAGCAGUGUGAUUGUGGAUCUUCAGAAAUGUGUACAAAAGAUUCAUGUUGUAGGAAUGAUUGUACCUUCAAAUAUGGAUCUGCCUGUGCUUUUGGGCUUUGCUGCAAAGAUUGCAAGAUCAUGCCAUUAGGCACAAUGUGCAGAGAACCGGCCAAUGAAUGUGACCUUCCAGAAUGGUGUGAUGGACAUUCACAUGAGUGCCCUAAUGAUGUUUAUUUGCUUGAUGGGAGCUCCUGUAAAGAUGGUGGCUACUGCUUUGAAAAGAGAUGUAAUAGCCGAGAUGAACAGUGCCAGCAAAUCUUUGGCAAAGAAGCCAGGAGUGCAGCUCAGAGUUGCUACAGGGAAAUCAACACCCAAGGAGACCGUUUUGGCAACUGUGGUAUAUUCAGAAGUACAUACCUAAGAUGUAAGGACUCAGACAUCCUCUGUGGGAGAGUUCAGUGUGAGAAUGUAAAAGCUAUUCCUACUUUGGAAGGACAUUCCACUGUCCACUGGAUUCACCUCAAUGGUGUCACCUGUUGGGGAACUGACUACCAUUUUGGGAUGACAAUACCUGACAUUGGCCAUGUGAAAGAUGGCACAGACUGUGGUCCAGAGCAUGUGUGCAUUGAUAGGAAGUGUGUCAAUAAGUCAUUUUGGGUAAGUGAUUGUUCACCAAAGACAUGCAAUAUGAAAGGGGUCUGCAAUAAUUUACGCCAUUGCCACUGCAACCUUGGGUGGGAACCACCAUUUUGCCUGACACAUGGCUUUGGGGGGAGUAUUGACAGUGGCCCUUUUUCUGGGAAAAGAAAGACUCACAUGAAAAUUAUCAUGACUGUAACUAUUUUGACCUUCCUUCUUGUUUUUUCAGCCUUUGUGUUAAAAGUGUUAAAAGUUGUUUGGGAUACUUAUAAAAGAUCUCCUAGGAAGGAUGAAUCCAGUGUUCCUUCUUCAGAUGAUAAAUAA